AUGGCUGGGCUCGAUGAAGGGCUGAUGGAUGUGGCUACCGGUUCGUCUUCUUCGGAUCUUCUUGGUGAUGUUCCUGACGAAGAUGUGAAUCUGUUAUUAGGUGAGCUGUACAUCUCUGAACGUCAGGAGCAGCCGGAACUAGAGGAACGGACCAUCAAGUUUCCUUCGUUGGCUUCGGAACUCGUAAAAACUUUGGAGACUGCUGAUUUGAGGACCUGGAAACGUCUAGUGGAACUGUGUAGUGUUGUGAAAAACGAUCAUUGUGAAGCAAGGAUUGGUGGCGUUACUUUGAACAUCGGUGGAUUCGAAUCCUUAAAGAAGAUUUGGUGCGGACAUUUGACCAUUCCCACGCCAGCGGACUUACCUGUGUCAGAGAAGGGAGCUGAGAUUUCGGAAGGAUCUUCAAACGAACAUUUGGAAGUUAAUUCUGAAUCUUCUGAUUUAGAAUUUUUUGCUUUAAUCCCUUUUUUUUAUGAUAUAUCCUUAGUGGAUUUGGGACCAAGUGAGGAAGUGGAGAGAAUCCCUUGUAUCCCUGCCGUUGUUGAUGAGAUGGCUGUGGUCUAUGUCCGGCUGGUCCGUGGUCUGUGGGGAUGGAUCGAUGUCUUCUACCAACCUACGAAAUCGGGUUUAUUCGGACCUUAA